AUGCGUCUGCAGUCUCUCAUCUCUAGGGUGGUCGCUGAGGAGCCCAUCCGACAUGAUCGGCACAGUGAUUCCUCGUCCGGCACUUUCCUCGACGCUUUCACGAUGGCUAGCUUCAAUAGUCCAGCAAAAUCGUUAGCCGCGGUGGUCAAGCUCGCGCUCUCGCUCGAAUUUCGCGUGCGAGUCACUCGACGUGCCGGUCACGCCGGGGCAAGAGAUUUCGCUCACCCGCCAAGGCCUCAGCGGGCGGCCGCCCUGAUUGGCCCUGGUGUGGGUUUCCCUCAUCAAAACCGCCAGCCACUCAGCGCCUCGCGCCGCGGCGCCAAGACAUGGCCCCCGCUGCCUGAUUUGUCACUUUAG